AUGCCCUCUCAAGCCGGAGUGUUCAUGCCACCUGUGUCACUCGGUCGCGGCUGGUUGGUCGACCAUGAUGAAUCACAUCCCCUUGUCAUGCCAAGCGGUCCAGCUAACCUCCUCGUCCACUCGUUCAGGCUCUCUGACCGGGUACUCCUUCCCCAAGCCAGCACGCCUGCAGUCAUCACACCAUCCAGCAUCAACACGCCCAACAAUCGUGACUGGUCCCACCAGCUCAAUGCACCUUUUGUAGUCGAGUACCAAGUGUGUCCACUUGGCUCAGGUGUGAUCUUCACUCUGUUGGCGACUCGUCCUGUCAGUUCAGCGCGGUGCAUAAUCAGAGCAUCCUUGCACAAUCUGCCAGAUCCUCCAACUGGUCACCCUCCAGAGUCAGCAUACUGCUACAUCAUUGGACCAUCACCCUUGCUGGGUUUGUUGGACACCUCAACCGCUCUUCCGUGGUAUUCUUUUGAGUUAGCGUGCUCACCUGCACAGAAGGAGCCAGGGCCUGAGUUGACGUGCAUGGAACCGCUCCUGGCACAGCUGCCCAGGUCGCAUCCUGGACCUCUCAAACGGAGACACACCCUACCACCGCAUUUGGAAUCGGUGGGCACAGCCCAUGUACUGUGGCACCACCCACGUGAAAUGUUGCACCCACCGGAUGUGGUGCACCCCACAUCACGACAGCCGUCCAACGCUGCUUGUCUGUCUACCUCUCAGUUAUCUACAUCGAUCUGGGAGCGAUUAUACGCAAGGGGAGGAACUUCACAUCCUCAAACUGAAACCAAUCGCACAUGGGACGAGUCAUCCUAUGGAUUGCACCAGUCCAUUUACACCCUCGUUGAACUGUUAUGUGAAGCAUCUCAAGUUUCCACUCAGGCCACCAUCGCAACUGGUUACGUGACGGGACCGACCAAGCACGUCAUUGGGAAGGAAACCUAUGCCUUGCGGGUUGUCUCCAACUGCUCCAAGUUGGAUGAACUACAUUCGGUAUGGAGCUAUACAGACCCGAGACCCAUAUUGUCUGUGGGGCAUCACGAACAUAGUGGCGACGGUACUAGAACCUUCGGCAUCCCUCCAUCUAUCGGCAAAUCAGACACUGCCUUGGGUUGUUGGAUGAGCCCGAGUACAGAUGAGGUUUUCGUCGUCCUGACUCAGCCCAAAGGGUCGCAUGGUCACAUCGUCACAUCAGCCAAAUUUAGCCACCCCAGUGCACCAUCCAAAAGGGUUUCAUCACCUGACCGCCUCGAAGAAUCCCUCUUCCAAUCGAGUCCACCCUACUACUCCAGCAUUAUACCUCAUCCGCAUUCCUGUCAAGAUGGCCCGGUGGGGGUGAAAGGAUACUGGGUCCUCGAGGCUCAGUAA